UGUGGGUGAGGGACAAAGUGGGCUGCGGGCUGGAGGGACUGAUCCGGAGGGGUUUCCGCUACUUGGACCCAGGAAGAAAGUCUUUGGUGACUUGCAGCCCUGGCUGGACGGGAGGUUUAGCGUCUGCUCACGCCCACUCGCACCGCCUACCGCCUGCCAAUGUGCCCGGAUGCAUGGGAGUCCGAGCCAGUCUCGUCUCUAGUCCCCAUGGUACUGAGUCCGGGCGCUGUAGGAGCAGUGCCUGCGAGUACGGGUGGCCGCGUGUCCCGCCCCAGGGGCCGGACACGCCAGUGAUGGUUUUGCUAGGUGAACACUAUGGGAACCCACGCCCGCAAACAGCGCAUGGCCCUCUAGCCACGCAGGAGGCCACUGUUCAGUGUCUUUUGAAAGAAAAACUUCAAGGUGUUUUAGGGAGCCUAUAAAAAGAGCCUUUAUAAAAAGAGAAUUACGGUGUGGUGACUGCAGCGCUUCCCCGCAGUAGCAGCCGCAGGAAACCCCGAGACUGCGCGCCCCCUUUGCUUCCAGGUUAACCCCAAGCCCUCAGUGACUUGAUACCCCCUUCGGGAGGGAACCCUCCUAGGCCCCUUUCCGGACAGUGUUCGGGGAAGGUCAGGUGGCCCGUCACGUGCAUGACAAAAAGUUAUUAGGAAAAAGGAGACCUGGCUUUCGGAGGCGGGCUGGGAACUACAAAACCGAGCUUCUUGGGAACGCCUGUUAGCCCAACAGGAAGUGGAGCCUCACCAAGAGGGAGGGGUGACCAUUUAGGGACUGUCGCCUGCUGCAGGCGCUCACUUUGCAGGCGGCGCCGUUUCCCAGGUUAUUAUUCCAGCGGUGAGGCAAGGUGGAUGCACGAUUGGUUUAGAAAAAAACCGAAAAUGAUAAACAGGAUGUCCCUUCCGCUAUGUGCUAACCGAGCUGCAAGCAAAUAAAUCGGCCGGCCCCGCUGCAAUCUCUGCACUCGAGUGCCACAAGGAUCUGUUCCUGUCACUCACCGAAGUCUGAAGGAAAGUUAUUUAAAAAAUAAUAAUAGCAUAAUGAGGGAGCGUCAGCCGCUCAAGAGCCUGACUUUAAUUCCAUCCUGGGUUUGAAUCCAGGUAGCGCACCACGGUCCACAAUGGUAUUGUCACAUCUGCAAACUUCCCGGGAGAGUAAUGGGCAUUCGGGUGCUUCGUUUUUCUUUGGUGGUCAUCCUUGUGUUGCUGCUGGUAGCUGGGGCCUUGACCAAUUUACUUCCCAAUGUCAAAGAAGACAAGAUGCUUUCUUCGCGUAGGGAAAUAAAAUCCCAGGGCAAGUCUUCUCUGGAUUCUUUUACUCUUAUCAUGCAGACAUAUAAUAGGACAGAUCUCUUACUGAGACUUUUAAAUCAUUAUCAGGCAAUACCAUAUCUGCACAAAGUGAUUGUGGUAUGGAACAAUGUUGGGGAGAAGGGACCAGAUGAGUUAUGGAAUUCUCUAGGGCCUCACCCUGUCCCUGUGAUCUUCAAACAACAAAUAGCAAACAGAAUGAGAAAUCGUCUCCAGGUUUUCCCUGAAGUGGAAACCAGUGCGGUGUUAAUGGUAGAUGAUGACACACUCAUUAGUGCCCAGGACCUUGUUUUUGCUUUCUCAGUUUGGCAGCAAUUUCCUGAUCAAAUUGUAGGAUUUGUUCCUAGAAAGCAUGUCUCUACUUCAUCAGGAAUCUAUAGUUACGGAGGUUUUGAACUGCAAACACCAGGGUUUGGAAAUGGUGACCAGUACUCCAUGGUGCUGAUUGGAGCCUCCUUCUUCAACAGCAAAUAUCUCGAACUCUUUCAGAGACAACCUUCAGCCGUCCAUGUGUUAAUAGAUGAAACCCAAAACUGUGAUGAUAUUGCCAUGAAUUUUAUCAUUUCCAAGCACAUUGGGAAGACAUCAGGAAUAUUUGUGAAACCUGUAAACAUGGUCAAUUCAGAAAAGGAAACCAACAGUGGCUAUUCUGGAAUGUGGCAUCGAGCCGAGCACUUUCUGCAGCGAUCUUACUGUAUAAAUAAGCUUGUUAAAAUCUAUGGCAGCAUGCCAUUAAAAUACUCCAACAUUAUGAUUUCCCAAUUUGGUUUUCCAUAUGCCAACCACAAAAGUAAAAUGUGAAAGUAAAACACAAACAAACCUGAAAACUGCUUGGCAUUUGAGUAGCUUCUCCAUAUUACAUAUUUUUGUUCUUAAGUAGCAUCAUGAACUUCUAUCCAGUCCAGAAGUCUCUGCAAUAGAAAAAUGUGCAGCACUUCUAGAAUAUAAAAGUCACAUUAACCUCAAGAACAAAGAAGCUGGUUUUAUUCAUGCAAACUUUUUGUCUAAGGUUAACUGCUUGGUCAGCAAUUUUAUUGUUUACAACCUGAGACUGUUCAACAGUUUAUUUGAUUACUGGCAUUUGCCUUAAGGACCUAGAGAGAGCAAGCUGUUUCCAGGAGGAAACUCCAGAAGAGUGUUUCUUAACUUUUUCACUAAAAGGGAUUGUUUUAAUUUCAAGCCUGAAAUGCCUCUUUAGCAAAAGUUUGUAAUGUAGGGAAAAGCCAUGUGAGAGGAAGAUAAUCCCCAUCCCAUGUGAAAACAAAGAAAGUCCAUAUUUAGCUCCCGAUGAUCUCUUUGUGGCCCUUGCAACCAUAUUUACUGCCCAGCAUGACUAAAAUGCAACCAUUGGUACUUUUAUUUUUGUAGAUAAGUCUAUUGUAACUGGGAGGGUAGAUUUUAGGAUAUAAGGGAAAUCUAGUUGUUUGCUUGAGUUUUGUGAGUAUACUGCAUGGAUCACCAGAAAUAUGCAACCUUUGGUUUAUGUACAGUUUAUAUGCAGCAAGGAAUAGAUGUGUAACUUUCAUCACUGAAUGGACCUUGAAAAUGUAUGUAUAUUUUUAUAUCUUACAUAAAUUAUGUGUUUAAGAAAUAUAUAAAGUAACUUCUGUAAGAAUGAUUAAGUAGGAAGUAGCAGAAGUUAAAAUCCUUCACAUCAAAGACUUACUAAAGCAUAGUUUAUCUCAUGGAUAUACUAAUAGCUGUGUGUAUUAUACAUCCUUGCCUUUAGAACUUUUUUCUGGAAAAGAUCUAAGGCACUAUGCAUCAUGAUGAAAUUUCAAUUAUAUAGAUACAGGAAAUACAACUGAGGCAUAGCAGAGAAAUUCCCUGGGGGUCCCCAUCAGUUAAUUGUUAAAAUUACCUUUUCUCUGUUGGAUGAAUUAGUAUCUGUGUCCCACCCAAUGUCUGUGUUUAGUCCUUUUUCACUACAGUGGCAAGAAAUACUUUAGUAAACCUUUAUUACUUUUUCUUUUUCUUCAUCUUCCUCUUCCUUCUCAUUGAAGUUACUGACCUCAUCUGUCUUCAUUAUGCCUAUACAGUCUCAAAAUUGCAAAGCUGUGAGAAUAAGAAAAUAAACAUAGUUUACGUUCUAGUUAAGAGAUCAUGGUGCCAUUCAGUAUUUUUGGGUGGCGUGUGUGUGUGUGUUGUGUGUGUGUUUUAAUGUAGUCAUAUAAAGAAAAAUCUUGGAACCUUAUUAAAAAUAAUGUAAAUCAUCUGCUUUUUCCAACCUUGGUGGUAUUUUUUUUUUUUUUUGCCUCUUGGUAUUAUGUGAUAAAUAAAAUAAAUGUUUAACCAUU